AAGGGAGAUAUUCUGUAGUAAAUCACAGUAUAAUACAACUGUACACUCACCGGUAGACAAAUAUAUGCAUGCUGACUUCAUCUGCUGUGCAAAAAACACUAAUAGACACCAUGCGUUUUUCCCUUAUAAUUAGUACCAUAUUACACAGUUCAUAGAUGGAAAACUUUAAAUUCUUAUUUGGGGAGACACUACAGGUGAAAACUGUUUUUUCAUACACUGGUCAUUUUUUAGAUUUGGGCUUUUUUGCUUCCAUAACAUGUCUACUUUUAGACUGGUGAAAAGAAAAUGUCAAAAAUAGACAAUAUUUUGAUUUUUAUUUUAGUUCUGAUUUCCGCUUUGGAAAUGUAUGCAAAAAGUGCAUAAUUAAUUAUUAUUUGUUUGCAGUUCAAGUCGUAUUGACCGGUCACAUUUGAGCAGCAUAUUCUCAUAGAAUGGUUCAUAUGAUAUCCUACGAAUUAGCGUCCCACUAAUUAUGUUACGUCUUUAACAUACAGUAAGGUAAGUAAAGUUAUGGAGAUUAGGUUUAGGCAAGUAAAGUUACUGUGAUUAGGUUAAGGAAAAGAAACGUUCCUCAAAAUGACUCAAAGUUCACUCAAACAGUUCUGAACACACGACUCCAAGGGAAAGUCCCGGGGGAAAGUCUUGUCUUUGUGACUUAUCCACCACCACUACCUGUACCUCAAAUUUGGGUGCAUUACUUUUCGUAGGAAAACAUAUAAACAGUUUGUGAAAACAACUUUGUUAGAGAGGUCAGUAACAGUUCGUGUAGAGAGGCAGAAUGCAUUGGACGAAAUGCAAUCUCAGACCCCAUCGGCUAUCGUCACUUUUUAUUUUAACCACCUUCAUAUGCAGGUAUCUGUUUAUAGAGAUUAGCUGAAAUGACCAGCGCAUGGAAAAGGAAGUCUUGGCCUGGAUAUCUGCUUGCUACACCUGGGUUUCUGUUCGUCACGUUAACUUGUGCUUCCCCCCGUCCCCACGUGACCUGGAAAUCAUUCCCCCUCCACCAUUAUAGAGGAUCUUCCAGUCCCUCAAAUGCACCCUACAGAGAGAGGGUGCUUCUGGAGGAGCUUGGAGCAAGGAAACACAGGUGUAUCACAUAGGGAAGUCUUUUAUCAAGUGGCUUGACAUAUUAAUGCCGGACAUCCAUAUCUGGCACAGCACAUUAUAAGUAAUGACUUCACCUAAGACUGAGGCUAUGGAGGCAAGGAGUUCUCAUUGGGCAGCUUCGGUUCCUCCAUCCUCGUGAUCUGCCUCACAGCUCCCUCUUACAUCCUUGCCACGAGUAGCGAAGAUGCAAGGAAGAGACAAAAGUGAUGGAAGCAUGCAUACGUUAGCAUAAUGAAAAGUACCCUGGAUCUGCUGAAAUAUUGUCCAUUACCUCCAGAGGCUAAUCGUCCACAGACUGAUAGCCAACAGGUUACGAGAUUGAGCUUGUACUAAUCAAAUGGCCCUCAUGUAGGAAAUAUCCAUUCCAACCUCCCAAGGCCUCCUAAAAACUAAGUGGAAACAAGAAAUAGGUGAAUGAAAGCUAUGUUAAUGUCUUUCACUUGAGCUAAUAAAUAAGGUAAAUAUUACGACAAGAUAUCAGAGGAGUAACUAUGCACACAUUUGUUCUGAGCAGUGGAUCAAUAGACUAGUCAAACAGUUACCAGACAUGUUUUGAACCGCUGCAUGUCUUUUUCAUGGAAAAAUGUUUCUUGGUAUCUGUCCUCCUGCUCAUAAAAUGCCUCUGCAACAAACCACUUUGAUUUUCUGCUCCAUUUUCUUCACCAAAAGCCUUUUGCAUGUUACACCCACUCCUCUCUUACACUCACUACCACACAUACACACAAUAAAGGACUCAUUUUCUACCAUAAAACCGUGAGAAGCGCCGUCAGGCCACAAACAAGUUACUGUUUUCCCAAAGCCCAGCCCAUCCUGUCCUCACAUCGACCAUAAACUUCAGCACAUUUACAAUCUUACUACCCAGCCCCUCCAGUUCACUUAACCAGCCUUGGCUUUAAGGGGAUGUCCAUGUGCUUCCUGACACGCUGAAUUAUUCUGUAUCAUUUCACUUAAGGGCCCAGAUGCUAUCUGUCUGUUGCCCUCCACUGAGAGGGCAAUUAAGGCAGCCUGGUGCCUGCUAAAUGCCCCUCUACUUCUGCAUGAGUGGAUGCGUCUCCUUAUCUGCACCUCUGUCAUGAUGUCGUGGGCACCUCGCCCCCUUCCUGCCCACAUGCAUCAGCACCUUUGUGGCCACCGCCUCCUUAUUUUCUACUGUCACCUUUUCUCAGAGACGUUGGCUACAUCUCAGAGUUUGAGAGACCUAGCACUGCAGCAGCUCUGUGACCAGCCAGAAAAUGGACAUUACCACCACAUAUGGAGAAUCUGUCUUUUGAAAGAUGAGGUUUAUAAAUGGAAGAGGCACAAGGACGACCGUGCACCUAACUAUUCAUCAAAUCAUCUGCUUGAUUCGUUGAGAUCUUCCUGUCAGCUUGAGUUUGAUUUGUUGACAGAUCAUCCUUGGCAUGUAAAUUGGAGGCAGUACUUCCUGUGCCUCUCGGCAGCGUCCUAAACUGAAGACAUGCAGGUGGCUUCCAAGGACUGGGUCGCCCUCUCUGUCUACCUCUUCACCUUCCUGUUGGGCCUUCCUGCCAACCUUCUGGUCCUGUUUGUGUAUGUGCGCAAGGCCCGCAAACGUGGCGCCACACCCAAUGUGGUCUAUGCCCUCAACCUUUGCCUCGCCAACCUGUUCCUCGUGGCCUGGCUGCCCGUCAAGGCUUUAGAGACUUUGCUUCAGGACUGGAGGCUGCCAGCACUCGUCUGCCCCAUCUACAGCCUCUUCCUCUUCUCCUCGCUUUACGGCAGCUGCCUGUUCAUCACAGCCGUAACAGUGGGACGCUACCUCAGCAUCGCAUUCCCAAUCGUGUACAAGAGAUACCGCCGUGCUCGGAUCUCUUGCUUCAUCAGCGCUGCCUUGUGGGCCUUGGUGCUCUUUCACCUAAGUCUCGCCCUGGUGGCUGAAAGAGGGGCUAACUUUGUCUCCAUUAAGGACGACACCUCAGCCUGCUAUGGCUACUUUAACACCACCCAACUAGCUGUUUUGCUGCCUCUACGACUGGAGAUGGCCAUCACCCUGUUUCUCUUGCCUCUCAUUGUGACAUCCUUUUGCACGCUGCGCUGCGUUACCCUGGUGUGGCACUCAAAUUUGCGCCCAAUGGGGAAGAAAAGAGUCCUGACUGUAGCUCUCUCAACACUGGCUGUGUUUGUGGUAUGUUACGCACCCUACAACGCCUCGCACAUUGUGGGGUUUGUGUUGAAGGAAAAUGUUGAGUGGAGAACGUACGCCAUGCUAACAAGCUCCUGUAAUGUUUUCCUGGAGCCUGUGGUAAUGCUGAUGCUUUCGCCAGCAGUGUCGAGGGGACUUGUGGGAAGAAUCUGUGGACGGCAAAGCCAUUUCAGCCGGAUUGAAGGGUGUCGGCAUCGAUGUAACAGCACUAUCGGUGUUGCAAAUGUCAGGGUUCCUACAAUGUCUGAGAAGAGCCAGGCCGGGGCGGAGGUGACGAAAGUAAGUCAGGAGUGAGGUCACAGAGGGUGGAGACUUCAGGGAUUCUGGGAAAAAUAAUGACAAAUUCAAAAGGGGAAACAGGCUAAAAACAUUAAUCCUCCUCUCAAAGGAAGCAGCAAGUGAUCCAGACAAUGUUCAUGUGUCUGUCAUUUUAAGGCAGAAUGACUUAAUCGAGGCUACAUCACAUCUGUCUUCAGGUUCCCUCUUUUUCCCCUCAGAUCAAAUGUUUCCAAAGAAAAAUUUGAUGAUAAAAGCUGUUUUGUAAGUCUGACCACGAAUGUGGAGUUUUGAUUUAUCCCCAUGUUAUGUCAGUAUUUUCUCUGAUGAUAAAAAAUGACUCAUAGUAGACUUUUUCCUGUGAGUGUUUCACUCACUGGAAAUGACCUAACUGAACUAUUCGCAGAGGAAACUGCACGUCUUCUUUGAAAUGGGAGAACUGUUCUUUUUCCAGCAAGUCUUAGUUCAAACCAGUCAGUGGAAACCAUAGCUGAACUUUGCAGGUGAUUAGUUGGGUGACAAAUGGCUCCAUCUGGUGUGAGUUAAUGCUCCAAGCUAUAACAAGGGAAUCACUUAAACACACGUAAUGUUCUCUUUUGGAAAGUGUUUCCAUAGGUUUUUUUUUUCCUCCAAAAAGACUGGAUAGAAGCCAAGCUGAUGCGUGAGGAGACCUUUCCUGCUGUUGAUAUUUCAAUUCCUCAAACACAGGUGGAACGAAUGUCAUUAAUUAUGUCUGAGCUGUGUUUCAGUUGCACGGCUUACUGGCAAAACUAAAUGGAGCAGAUCGUGAGUGUUAGUGGUUACACCUGUGCUUCCUCUGCUGUGAGGAGUCCAAACAUGAGGACAUAAAGGCUAAUCAACAAUUUGAUGUUCUGAAUUAACUACACAUUUGAAUGAAUAUCUGUUUGUGAAUUAA